AUGACCAUCAAGACCGGUUGUCUGUCGUGUAACGGCGAUUUCGACGCCGUAGCCGCGCCAUGUCCCCCACUCAGCACUGCGCCGUCGGUCGAAUCAUCGACCCGGCUUCAGCGUCGAGAGACGGGUUUCGUCGGCUUUCUUCCCGAUGCAGCGUCGACCACCGACGAAAGCCGCUCGACAGACGCCCGUCGGGAGGUCGGCUGA